AUGACGACCCGCUCUCCACCUGGUAUUCCAUAUGUUAGUAAUUCCAGUUUGACUUUUUCCAAAAGACAGUUUUAUCUCAAUGGGAAACCUUUCCAACUCCUCGGAGGAAGCAUCCAUUAUUUUCGAAUUUUACCAGAGUAUUGGCAUGAACGAUUGAAGCAGCUGAAAGCCUGUGGUUUGAACACUGUAACUGUAUACGUGCCAUGGAAUCUACACGAAGUCUAUCCUGGAGAGUUUCAGUUUACGGGUCGCCUGAAUCUGAGGCGUUUUAUCGAAAUUGCACACGAACUUGAUCUAUAUGUAAGUUUCCGACCUGGACCCUUUAUCUGUGCUGAGUGGGAGUUUGGCGGUUUACCUAGCUGGCUUCUGAAGGAUCCAAACAUGGCGGUUCGUAGUAACUACCCACGAUACACUCAAGCUGUAGAACGCUAUUUCACAAGGCUCCUAAAAGAGGUAGCAGACCUCCAGUUCAGUCGUGGGGGUCCAAUCAUCGCAGUGCAGGUUGAGAACGAGUUUGGAUCCUACAGCAACGAGGUUUCACACCUGGCCUUCCUAAAACAGUUGCUGUUAAAGAAUGGUAUUGUGGAGAUGUUGUUCACCUCGGACAGCUACUUAGCGUACAAUAUGUCAGGCUUAGAUCGUGCUCCGUUUUACACAGAAGCCCUUCCGACGGCCAACUUUGCGGAUAUUCACCAAGGAUACGGAUUAUUUCUAAAGAUCCUGCGAAUGAGCGAAGACUUUCCAUUGGUGGUCACGGAGUUCUGGUCGGGCUGGUUCGAUCACUGGGGUCAAGGACACAAUACUCGUGCUGUAGAUGUCUUUAGAAAUACACUAAAGAGUUUAUUAGAUGAUGGCGCCUCUGUCAAUGUUUAUAUGUUUCACGGAGGAACUAACUUCGGCUUUACUUCCGGAGCCAACAUUGAGAAAGAUGGUUAUCAGUCCGACGUGACGUCAUACGAUUAUGACACACUUGUCAGUGAGGACGGACAACUGACACAGAAAUAUUUUGCCGCUAGAGAUUUAAUCCGAACAAUAUCUCUAUCAGCCCAAGGUCCAAUGGUAAUCGCCAUUCAGGACUUCAUGGGACUUCAGGAGAUCAUCAGCUUUGUGGAGAAUCCACUUACUAGUGUGGAUCCUAUUUGUAUGGAAGCUCUGGUGUGGAAAGACAACGGUUAUGGACAGAAUUUUGGGUACAUCUACUACUCUACACGAAUAUCGGAUAACGGGAACCUCACCUUCAAAAGCACCCCUACUGAUAGAAAUGAGAUAUUUUUGGACGAUAUUCCACUGGCUACACAUGAUGCUAAUGAUCCCGACCUCACAGUGUCUAUACCUCCACCUCCAACAAAAGGACAGGAUAUGAAAUUAGGAAUACUGGUGGAAAACCGAGGUCGUGUCAACUACGCUAUGAUGCCAUACAAGUUCUUUAAUGAACAGCGGAAGGGUACGUUCGUAUUGUGUCUGUUUAAGUCUUGCAGAGACUGGUGUAAGGGAUUCGUGGUGAUUAACGGUUUCAACCUAGGUCGAUACUGGAACAAAGGACCUCUGAUGACGUUAUAUUUGCCAAAGACUCGAUUAAAAUCACAUCAAAAUGAGGUAGACCAGAAAAUAUAA